UGUUAAAUACAAUAUAGUGUGUACAAGUAUGGGCAACAAGGUGGUCACGUUCACCGAGGCGCAACUGGAGGAUUACCAGGACUGCACUUUUUUUACCAGGAAGGAAAUACUUAGGGUGUACAAGAGGUACAGAGCCAUAUGUCCGGAAGUAGUGCCGAAAAAAAUGACAGGCGACGAACCAGUGAACAUCCAAGUGCCACAGGAACGAAUCGAGCAACUUCCCGAGCUCAAGGAAAACCCGUUCAAACAACGCAUAUGUCAGGUGUUCUCCAAAGAGGGCAACGGUUCGUUGAGUUUCGAAGAUUUUUUGGACUUGCUGUCGGUGUUCAGCGAACAAGCCCCGAGGCAAAUCAAAGUGUUCUACGCUUUUAAAAUCUACGAUUUCGACAACGACCAUCACAUCGGACCGACCGACUUGGAACAAGUGUUGAAGCUGUUGACCCGAGGUCAGCUUUCGGCCGAAGAAGUGGUCCAGGUGUGCGAGAAGGUCAUAGAAGAAGCCGACGUGGACGGCGACGGGAAAUUGUCUUACAUGGAGUUCGAGCACGUCAUACUGAGGGCGCCAGAUUUUUUGGGAACUUUUCACAUCAGAGUUUGAAAAAUUUUCCAUUUCCGACUUGUGAGCGCCCGUUUCGGCAAAAUUAUUAUUCGAACACGCUUUUGUACGAUUACCUUUUUUUUUCUUUUCAUACGUUUAAUGACGAGGACUGGCUUUAUAUGAUUGCCUACCCGAUCACAGAUGUCGGUUACGAAGGAUUUAUUUAUUUAUAUAAUUAUUUGUCAACUGGACCACCCUCACACCUGUAACCUCUCUCUUUUUACACUGUCCCUUUUACAAAUUAUACAUCGUAAAUACACAACAUGAUAUUUUCUGAAUAUUGUUUAUUAGUCUAUAAUAAAAAAAAAAUGUGUUUGUUUUUUUAAAAUUAUGUACACACAGUUAUACAGUACAAAUAUUGUUAACUUAAAAUUAACUGUAUAAAUUGAGCUUUUUCCAAACGACAUGAGAAAUAUUGAUUAUACUUAUAAAUAUUUUUACACGGCACCGAGUAAAAUUACUGAUGGAAAUUUUUUUUUAUGUAAUACUAAUUAUUAUAACUUUACAUAAUUUGUUUAUUGGUUAGAGUUAACAACAUUUUGGUUAAGUAUUAAACAUUUGUUUGCUUUGGAUUAACUUUUGGCCAACUUUGUCUCGAGCGAUACAAUAAUGUGGUCCCAGUGAUUGUGAACAGGACCAGUGGCGGUCAAACGUCUUAAAAAUCAGGUCCGCCACUGGAUGAGGUAAUCCGUUAUGUAAUUUACAAAUCGCAAUGAACUUUAAAACAUUAUGAGUAAACAUUAUACCACUUUAAGAAGAACGCUAGAAUGCUGAGUGUUAUUGUCGAUAAAAACGAUUGAAACAGUUACAAUAAAGUGAUUUUUUAAAAAUAUAUAUUCUAAAAUUAAUGUUAAGUACUUAAAGGCCCAAAAGCGUG